GCGUGGCUCAAUUAUCUUAUUUUCUAGGUAUCAUAUCAGACAUGAGGUUACAUCUACGGUCAGUGGUUGGUGUUGCAUUUGUUCUUGUUCUCUUCAUAAUCCUGGCAUACCAAGCUCAAAACUUACACGACGAAUCGCAAAUCAGGAUAAAAAGAAACCAAGAGAAAGAAAAGCGCACUAAAAGUACACACAAUGCGAAUAGAAUACACACAGUUGAUCAGCCAAUGGACGAAUCGCUUUUAAAUAACGUUAAACAAAUCGCGAAGCCUGUACCAUUGCGAGCUCCUCAAACCGAAGAAACGCCGGAACAUAAACCUCUUCAAGAGACAGAAAUCGCCACAGCAACCCCUAGACAAGAAUCUGAAGAGCAGAACGUUGAGCAAACUACAAAAUCAUGGGACUUUAUGUUAGAAAAAUAUCAGGCUUUCCAACCAGCAGACGAAAUUGAGUUUCCUACAAAGGAAGGUCCUCCUAGAAUCCCCCAUAUUAUACAUCAAGCAUGGCAUAAUGAAUUGGUCAUUUCAAAUUUUUCUAAAUACAUCAAUACGUUCACUAAACACAAUCCUAAGUGGGAGUAUAGAUUCUGGACACACGAAUCUGGGCGGCGCCUCAUAGCGGAGAGGCACCCAUAUUUGCUAGAGAAGUUUGACAAUUUCCCGAUGAUGGAUGUGAAGAAAAUAGAUUUUAUAAAGUACGUAGCUAUAUAUGAAUUCGGCGGUCUAUAUUCUGACAUAGAUGUUAAAAAUUUACGUCCACUAGAUAUUGCCACGACGAAAUAUGCUUGUAUUCUACCAACGGAGCCGUUUGAACAUACAGCAUUUAUGUUCCAACAGCCAGUUGUCAUAAAUGUCGGAAUUUUCAUGUGUAGACCGAAGCAUCCCUUCUUCAAAUUAGUUCUUCAGACUUUAAAUUCAACUGAAAUAAAAGCUCAUCCUUUACGAACAACGGGCUCUCUGUAUCUUACUAAUAUGUAUUCUGCGUAUAAUAAUAUAACGUUUGAAGACAUGCAAAAGCCGAAAGUGGACAAUGAUACCAACACGCCAUAUUUCUACAAAGGUACAAGACCAGUGGAGCAUGACGAUUCUAUUUAUAUCCCAAACAGCCAAUACUUCCUUGACACUAUUGAUCACAUUAUGCUCAUUGACUUCCAAAAUGAAACCAUGCCCGUCUAUUGUAAAAAAUUACGGCAAUUACACGACCUUGACAAUCUGCUAAUGAUGAGCAAAUAUACAAUUCGAGGCUGCACGGAGUAUCACCGUCGUGAACUGAUCAGGAAAAAUAAGAAAUUUACAUUUACCCGUCAUUAUUGGUAUCACAUGUGGACAAUGGACGAUGGAUGGAUAUUUUCUUUGCCGAAAUUACAUAUAAGAGAAAUCGUUCCAUAUUAUAAUACAUAUUGAUACUUAUGCAGUUUAUUGUCUUUUCAUAAUAAUAAGCAAACAUAUGGUUGUAUGUCGUACGUGAAGUUUGGCAGUUUUGUUCCCAGAGCACAUAGUUGAAGAGUGCCAAACAAUAUACAUUCAUAAUCUGCAUGGAGCAAAAAAAAUAUAUAAAAAAAUAUAAUAGACGGUCUAGAUUUUAUUUUCCUCCUAUACCAUUUGAAAAACAUGUAUUUC